UUGUGGAGCGAGGCCGAGAGAUGGAUGUGAUCAUGCUGAAAGACGAUCAGUCGAGGGUAUUGACGGAACAGCAGAGAAAUCGAGCCCUACGGCAGAGGGACCUGGCGCUUGCGCGGCGACAGGCGAGAAUGUCAGGUAGUACGCUGGUUCCUACACCAUCCCAGCAGGAAGUGAUCGAUAUUACGAGCAGCCCCAUUCGUGAGUCGUCCAAAUCGAAGCCGGAAGUGAUCGUUCUAGGGGAAUCGGACGAUGAAGUUAUCCAUUCCACCGUCAGAGCUCAGCCCAGCAUUCCAGCGCCGCCGCUCGUCCGGAAAGAAGAUACUCUUGUGAGGAACUUGGAGAGUGAAGGCUGGAGGGAGACUAGAAAGCGGCCAAGUCCCGAGAAAGAAAGUUUUGGUCCUUGCAAGGCAGUGAAGAUGGGCACCGCGGACGAAGGAACUUCUUCUGGCAACAAAAAUGGCAACUUUGAGACGAAAGAGGCUACUCCUUCUCCCGAGCAGCUCAGGGUCUUGGAGGCGGUGUGUAACAGGCAAUCGGUCUUUGUGACGGGCUCGGCUGGAACAGGAAAGAGCUACAUUCUCGAGAGAGCCAUCCAAGUUUUGAGGACUGUCUACCAUCCAUCGGCAGUUUACGUGACAGCGUCAACCGGGAUUGCUGCGUGCGCGAUCGGUGGUACUACCUUUCACGCUUUCGCUGGAGUGGGCAUCGGGCUCUCGAAGAAGGAGCAGCUCGUCGACAUGGUGAUGAGAAGCAAGGAGAAGAAACAGAGAUGGCUCAACGCUGCGGCUCUGGUGAUUGACGAGAUAAGCAUGAUCGAUGCGGAGCUCUUCGACAAGGUGGACUUUGUGGGGCGAGCCGUGAGGAGGAGCAAAGAGCGUUUCGGUGGCUUGCAGCUGAUCGUCACCGGCGAUUUCUUUCAGCUCCCGCCAGUUCAAAAGCCCGGAGAGACCAAGUCGUUCGUCUUCAGCGCGAAGUGCUGGAAGGAAUGCUUCGAUCUCCAGAUGGAGCUGACACAGGUUUUCCGCCAGUCGGAUCGGGAGUUCGUCGGGAUGCUUAACGAGAUCCGCCGCGGCGAGUGCUCUUUCGCCACCGAGACGAGGCUCAAGUCUUGCACAAGCAUCUCCACUGCCCCAGGCAUCGAGCCGACGCGACUCUAUCCCCGGCGAGCCGACGUCGACCGCGAGAACGAGCAGAAGCUCCGGUCACUCAACCCAUCGUCAAAGUCCGUCACCUUCUCCGCCAAGGACUCGGGAAGAACACAGAUGCUCAACGGCAGCCGCGCGGAAGCCGAGAUCACGCUCGCGAUCGGAGCCCAAGUGAUGCUCAUCAAGAACCUUGGCACCGAGCAGGGGCUCGUGAAUGGAGCUCGCGGGAUCGUGGUGGGCUUCACGGCCCCGGAGAAGAGCGAGCUCCGGAUCUCGCCAGGCGGAGGACUCCCGGUGGUGCGAUUCAAUCACUCGGGUUCUAGCGAGUGGAUCAUCCGGCCGGAGGCGUGGAGCGUCAUGGAAGGCGAGGUGGAAGUGGCCAAGAGAUUGCAGCUUCCAUUGAUCCUGGCGUGGGCAUUGAGCGUCCACAAGUGCCAGGGGAUGACGCUCGACUGCGUGGAGACGGACCUCUCCAGGACCUUUGAGUACGGCAUGGUGUACGUCGCGCUCUCCAGAGUACGGAGCUUGCACGGACUGCGGCUACUGGGAUUCGAUCCCCUCAAGAUCCGAGUUCACCCCGAGGUAGUUACUUUCUACGAUCAGCUGAAAGGCAGGUAAAAGAUUUUAGGGUGCGAGAUUUUACUUCGUAUUUUUGCCAGCUGAAAAGGUGAUGCGUACUAGGUUACCAUUU